AUGGGUGGGAAUUCCCCAUGUGCUUCAUGCAAGCUUCUGAGACGCCGGUGCACCCAAGAUUGCAUCUUUGCUCCUUAUUUCCCUUCUGAUGACCCACAAAAGUUUGCCAGAGUUCACAAGGUUUUUGGUGCUAGCAACGUUAGCAAAAUGUUACAGGAACUUCCAGUUCAUAAGAGAGCAGAUGCAGUGAGCAGUUUAGUGUAUGAAGCACAUGCAAGAGUGAGGGACCCAGUGUAUGGUUGUGUUGGAGUCAUAUCCUACUUGCAAAACCAGGUUUCUGAGCUUCAAAUGCAGCUUGCAGUUGCUCAAGCAGAGAUGCUCUGCAUCCAGAUGCAACAUGAGCCUGGAAUGCCCAAUAAUCCACAAAUGGACACAGAUCAUAAACCUUGCCUUCAACAAAAUGACCUCCCUCAGUACCUUGACUUUGCCUCUUCUAGCAAUGUAAUUCAUGAUUCUCUCACAAGAGAGACCAUAUUUGGACAUGACAUGGUUACUUAA